UUGGCCUGGGGCCCGCUCAGUCCGUGUCCCAAAAUGGCGCCUCUGGACCUGGAUAAGUAUGUGGAGAUAGCUCGGCAGUGUAAAUAUCUCCCGGAAAAUGACCUAAAGCGACUCUGCGACUAUGUUUGCGACUUACUUUUGGAAGAAUCUAAUGUUCAGCCAGUGUCCACACCAGUUACUGUUUGUGGGGACAUACAUGGACAGUUUUAUGACUUGGGUGAGCUGUUUCGAACUGGAGGUCCAGUUCCUGAUACAAAUUAUAUUUUUAUGGGUGACUUUGUGGAUAGAGGAUAUUACAGCCUUGAAACUUUCACUUACCUCCUCGCGUUAAAGGCGAAAUGGCCUGAUCGCAUUACACUCCUCAGAGGAAAUCAUGAAAGCAGACAAAUCACUCAAGUGUAUGGGUUCUAUGAUGAAUGCCAAACAAAGUAUGGAAAUGCAAAUGCUUGGCGGUAUUGUACCAAAGUCUUCGACAUGCUCACAGUAGCAGCUUUGAUAGAUGAACAGAUCUUGUGUGUGCAUGGCGGACUUUCUCCUGAUAUCAAAACUCUAGAUCAAAUCCGAACCAUCGAGCGUAACCAGGAGAUCCCACACAAAGGAGCAUUCUGUGAUCUAGUAUGGUCAGAUCCUGAGGAUGUAGAUACGUGGGCAAUCAGUCCUCGAGGAGCAGGCUGGCUCUUUGGAGCAAAGGUUACAAAUGAGUUUGUUCACAUCAACAACCUGAAACUAAUCUGCCGAGCACAUCAGUUAGUUCAUGAAGGAUAUAAAUUCAUGUUUGAUGAAAAAUUGGUGACUGUGUGGUCUGCUCCUAACUAUUGUUACCGUUGUGGAAAUAUUGCAUCAAUCAUGGUCUUCAAUAAUGUAAACUCGAGGGAGCCAAAGUUAUUUCGUGCAGUUCCAGAUUCAGAGCGUGUUAUUCCACCAAGAACAACAACACCCUAUUUUCUUUAAAAUAUAUUUUGUUCUCGGUAAAAAAAAUCUUAAAAUAUAGUGUGCACAAUGGACUGUAAACAUGCAUUGUGUUGCAUAGACAAGAUUCAAGAUGUAGAAUUUCAACCAUUCUAUCAAAUAUUUUAAAUGCUAAAUUGAAUAAAGUGGUCUAAAGGGCUGCCUUUUUCUUUGUUUUUAAUGCUAGCAGAUAUUGAGAAGCUGAUUUAUGUGCUCCAGUAAUUAAAACUUUGUACAUUAAAAUAAUUGUAUUGAUCAGUUUUCAAAUUUCAUUGUAUUUUAAUAUAGUAAUAUGGUGACUACAACUCUCAUAGGUUAAACUAUUGGAAAUAAACUGCUUUAUUAUUAACUCAAAUGUUUAUUGCCCUUUCUGAUUUAAAUCAGUGAAUUUUAAAUUUGGCAAUUAUUUCAUUCUUAAAGUUGUGUAUCAGUUUUGUAUAUACUGAAACAUUGAAGUCUUGUACUUAGUUUGGCCAUCAAUGGUCUAAGCAUUUAAUGCUGCAAGUUAUUUACAACAAUUUCUAAUGUAUAGAACAUUUUAUAUUUAGACUCUGAAGUACAAUAUUUGCUUCUGAAGUUUCAAAACUGACUAACUUUUAAAAAUGUUAGGAUAAUUAACUAAUCUUGUCUGUCUGGAGUUAGAAACCCUCCUUGUUAUUCAAGCAUGUCUUGUGGAAGUUCUUGCUUUUUUCCCCUGAAUGCAUUAGCUGCUGAUUACAGGCUGGAUUAUGGCUGUUUUUGCUGAAUGUCAUCCAGUAUUCUAACUAAGUAGCCAUUGUCCUGAAUAUGACCAUGGUAAUAAAGGUAAAACUCAACAUUCAACAUUACUAUACUUCUGCCAACAGCUUCUGGAGUCCACACAUGUGCAAUUAAAUGCAGACAUCCAGAUGGUGCUGAGAGUGAUUAUAUGCUUCCGAUAGAAUGCAAUGUUCAAGCUCCCACAUGCCACUAUCUUAAUAACCACUCAAUUGACAAAACACUUCCACCUUUUUGAUGUCAUAAGUUUCCUUAUAGACAUAUUUAGACAAGUUGCACAUUGUUGAGUGAAGUUUAUAAAUUAUUUUUAUUGAGCUGCAUUCAUGUCUCCUGGCCCUGAAACUAACUUUGUAUUUGUUAAAUUCCAGAUUGAUUUUUUUUUUUGUAAAAUGUAAAUAUUUCAGCAUCUACCUCUAAUCCCAAGAGUUUGUCCCAAUCUUUAUCCUGAUGUUACAGAAAGAAAAUAAAAUAAUUUAGUUCUUGA